AUGAACCUCGUUGCGGUCUUAUUUUUCGGCAUCUUGUUAUUCUUGCUGGCCGGCUAUCUGAAGCAGAACCAUGCUAUCUGCAUGGCCGGGGCAGCAACGGCGCACUUCGCUUGGCUGGCCGCCUUCGCAUGGAUGACGGUUCUGAGCAUCAGUGUUGCCUAUACCCUGGGGUCUAAAAUGUCUCAACGGCAUCAGCGGAGGGGUAUCGAUCGAGAACUGGUUGCCUACAUGUGUGUGGCCUACGGCAUCCCCUUGACCAUAGUCUGCACCUGUCUGACGCUGCAAUUCUGUGACUGCACCGAUCUCCCUGUGAUCUACGCAGAGGCAAGUAUCUGCUGGAUCACUGACGCCACCGUUCGUGCGGUCACCUUUGUGGUACCGAUAGCAGUGGGUCUGGCGUUAAACAUCGUGAUGUAUGUCUACACAGUGCUUCAAGUCCGAAGAACUAGACAAGCGAGCAAGGUCGUUCGGAACGAGGGAACGGCAGACACCGUCAAGGAAGAACUCUCUAUCUACGUAAAGAUUUGCACUCUUGUCGGCCUGACCUGGGUGUUUGGCUUCGUGUCGCAGUCAGUGACGGGCAUCCUGGUCUUCUCCUACAUCUACAUCAUCCUCAACUAUCUCCAGGCAGUCUUCAUCUUCCUUAGCUUCUGCCUCAAUGAGAGGGUGCGGGGCAUGUGGAGACAAAAGGUGCAAGCCAAGCGGACGGGAGUCCCGAAAAAUUCAACGUCUCAGCCGAAGCACGGCGGAAGCACGAGUACUGCUACAACCAACCUGUCUCCGAUAAGUUACUUAAACGCAACAACAGAAAAUACCAAACUGUAA